UCGGGGUGCAUGUGGGGAUAGCAUAAAUUGUGUCAGCUUCUUCAUUGAGAGACAAUGGAGGACAAGAUGUUGUGUGUAGUGUCACCCACGUGCUUCUGCACCACUAUUGUCUGCUCUCCUUCCCUGGGAGAGGGGGAGACAGAGAGGUGAAAAGAAAAGCAGGAGGAGGAGGAGGAUGUGGGAGGAGGAGGUAGUGGGUAUGCUGACUGCUGUGUGUGCAUGUGUGCAUGUGUUUGUGUGUGUGUGUGUGCACGGAGAAGCACAGACGGCUCGUGGUAAUUUGAUGUGUGUCCCCGGGGAUGUUUGAUGGAUUAAUGCUAAGCAGCUCCCUCUUCCAACACACCACCUGAUCUUUGGGGCUUGUGCCCCACAUAUAAAAGGCUGCAGUAGUGCUGAGCUCAGCUAGUCCAGACAUCUCUCUCCAUCUCUCUCUCUCUCUCUUUCACUCUCUCUCCCUCUCUCUCUCUUUCUCUAUACAUAUACAUAUAUAUGUGCCUGUUUCUGUCUUCCCUUUCAUCUUCUCUGUCCUCUGCUUUCUCUCCUCUCUCUGCUGCCUUCACUCCAUCCUUUCCUCCUUUCCCCUCCAGCUUUGAACCAUCACCAGGAUUCCUUUUUGAAAACCUUUUGUCCUCAAACCUCUUCUUUCUUUUUUUUUUGUGUGUGUUUGCUCCUCAGAAGGCCGCCUGGAAACCUUUCUGCUCCUCUUUUUCAGCCUCCUGACUUUUUUUCUUUGAGGCUGUGGCGUCUGUUUUCUUAACCUCAGGUUGAUCAAGAUGCCACGCUCCUUUUUGGUGAAGCAGCCGAAGGUGCAUGACUUCUCCUCUUUCAGUUACCACCACCAUCAUCAUCAGCAGCAGCAGCAUUGGGAUGACUCUUGCACUGAGACACAUGCCAUCACUGAGUCUGCCACCAACUUGGCGGUGCGUUUGAGUGAAAAUGGUAAGUUUCAACUUUUCUCCUAUUUCUGCCUCUUUUAUCUGUGGACGGCGUCAUUCGAAGAUCAGCGCUGUGGUUCUUCUUAAAUGUUGUGGAAAUAAUAUUUUUCGUUGUCUGUGCCGUUUAAUCGUUCAUGGAUUUUCCCCAAAAUCCUAACCCCCCCUCCUUUUGAGUCCACUUCAGGACUUGUGUUUUCUAACUCCACAGAUGCUAAAUGGUAUUCAGGUCACGCUGCCUCAAUCUGCUUAACACUCAAACCAGAUCACACAGCAGCCUUCAGCUUUAAUACUAUUGUGUACGUGAAUGAUGAUGAUAGAUGUGCACACGGGGGCACGAGGCACCGAAUCUGACGCAAGCCUUUGUCAGGUCCAACUGUAACAGAAGAGAGAAAGUCAGAGAGAGCCACAUGGGACAGUGUCGUCCUUGGAUGAUGCAGUUGCCCUUGUGUCUUCCCCUCUCACCAUCCACCCCCCCUCACUUGUUCAUCUUUCCAUCCUUCUCCAUCUGAUCCUGCAGGAUGUUAUAGCCACAGGGAGUAGGGUUGCAGCAACACAAUCCAUAUAUGGGGCAGUGAGAGGUGAUGGGACGGGGGUUUUUAGAGGAUGGAUAUUGACUGGGAAAUAGUGAGUGCUGCAGGUAAUUCAAUCAAGUGCAACAUGAGCGGUACAGCGGCAGACAGGCGGGUUUCAUCUCUGGGAUUUUAACACAGGAUAGAAAGGAAAGGGAAUAAACAGGGCAAACAAUGUGUGUGUGUGUGUGUGUGUGUGUGUGUGUGUGUGUGUGUGUGUGUGUGUGUGUGUGUGUGUGUGUGUGUGUGUGUGUGUGUUUGGCUUUGAGAGGCAUCCAAAGAUAUGUGUGCUUUGCCCCCCCCUUCCUCUAAAAACCACCAGCAGCAGCAGCAUCACAGAUCUUGUGUUGAAGUUGAAUAAUUUGUCCCCCAGAUUUAGGAUGCCAGCUGUUUGCUUCCUUUGUAUUCCUGUGAGUGUGAAUGUGUUGUAUGGGGUGGUAAAGGGGGGGGCUGGUAAACCAUUGACUGCUGCUAAAAUCAGACAGAAUCCCCCCCCUCUCCGACCCUCUGCCAAACACCCCCCCUUCCCCUUCCCCUUGUUUUGCCAAAUCGCAGUCCCCCACCUGUCACUUACUCUCCCCCUGACUUCACUCAUGCACGCUCAGAAAAAGGGCACAGAUGGGGACUGAUCUGAUUAAAAUGAUUUAGUGAUUGAGGGGAUUUCACUGCUGAGAUGCUCUGUUUUGAUCACCCAUCCCCUCUCGCCCCUGUCACACAUUCAGAUGCGGCGCUUUUGCUGGUGUGUGGCAGCGACAGGUGGAUCGGGUACAACUCUCGGCUUGUUUUGUCUCUGUCAACAGAUUUGAUUCGACCAUUUUUUUACCUCAUAUAAAUGCACUUGUUAGAGCCAGCUGAGGUAUUGAUCAGCGGCAGAAGUGACUCGUUAAUAUUUCAUCCUCAGAGCUUGCUAAAUCUGGCACAAAUGGCUUCCGGUACGGGUUUCUUAUUGAUCAGAGGGUACUUUUCUUCAAAGGUUACUGAGACCACAAGGUGCUCCAUUACUGUAACCCCGAGAAAGGCAGCAGGUACCGUGAAAUUACUAGAAUUGUAAUGACUUAUCAAUCAUUACUUCCUUUUUAGGAUAUUCUUAGAGUGUUUGUGCCAUUAUGGAAAAAGACAGCUGAGGAGAGGGUCAAAAGUUGGAGAGGACAUGCUGCAAAGAGUCUAAGAUGGAAACAUAAACAAGAACUUCAGCCCCUAAACCAGAUUUCUGCUGUAGCCAGUCAGCCAAACAAACACUACCAAACAAGUAAUGAAUUAUCUCCAUGAUCCAAAUGAAAUCAUUCACCAAAUACAAAAUGAUUCCCUGAAUUUUUUGGUUUGUUUUCAGUCUACAGCGUCAAAAAUGUUGUUGCUACUUGUCAGUUCAUGUAAAUCAGUCUUUAAAGUGUCUCCAGCUGUCUGGUUUGAAAGAAAUGCAGAUUGAAAAUUAUGGACCAGUAAAAUUACACAUGAUAUACAGUAUAUUAGGGUGACCAUAUUCUGAAUCCCCCAAAAGAGGACACGACUACAAGGGGGCGGAGUCACUGAGUCGUGCAUAACAAAUUUUGAGGGUUUUUCGGGUCGGAACAAGAUUUUUUUACGCACUUCUAACUCAGUAAGUCCACGUAACACAAACUCAAAAUUUGUCCCCAAAAAGAGGACAUGUCUGGGUAAAAGAGGAUGUAUGGUCACCCUAAUGCAUAUUAAAUUUUAACUUUAAAUUAUUUAUCUGCAGAGGAGUAAAUACUUGUAAUUGUUCGCUACAGCCCUUCAGUGUAAUACCAUCGUGCAAGUUUGCAGCAUAUCGGCUUCUCAUUAGUCACUUUUUGGCACUUUGUAAUGUGUUUAUAUGCAUGGUUGAAAUCUACAGCUAAUAACACAAAUCUUUUAGAGCUCUUCAUCAAUAACUUUCUAUUUACUGCUUAUUAAAAGUCAUGAAGUUGUCCAUGACCAAAGAUUUAAGUGUUCUUUGCUCAACCAGGGUCUGAAAAAGUCGUCUCCAAACUGAACAAACCAACACGUUAGUAACUGAUCAGGAGCUUCAGAUAAAACGUGAUCUGGACGUUGUUGAUGAAAAACAGAAAGUCCUGGUAAAUUUAGAUUUCUCCACAUGCUCCAAACGUUGGGAAAUAUUAGAAGUACUGUGUGUAGAACUACGUUUUUUUCUUUCCAUCAGAUUCUAGUAUUGAAGAGCUCCCUUUCUCACUCCUCUCAAAAGUGAAGUGACGGUCAACUUGGAAGAAAAGAAACGCUGUGAUGCAUGAAAGUUUGAUCCCUCAUUUAAUUUGGCUAAAGCCCCAACUGUAACCCUCAAUUUCCACUGCAUCCGGAGCAGCUCCACCACGGACCAGUGGCGAUUUUUGCUGUCGGCUGCGAACCCCACUGAACCGCAGCAAGGCGAUAAGAAGCCGGUGUAAUUUGACACAUCGACUUGAAUGGAAACGAUCAGCGAUUGCCGCCGUUCCGGAGGCAGCAGAAAUUGGGGGUAACCAACCGCAUUUGAAGCUGUGGGUUCUUGUGAGUUCUCGUGAUUCCCGCUGUCCAAAAUCUGCCACGAAACUUGCCUCACAAUGCAUCCAGUAGGAAAUGGCGGACAGUGAAAAUCGCCGUUCUGGGUGAGGUGGAAAUUGGGGGUUAGAGUUGUGGUCACUUCAUUAAAACAUGAGAAACAUGCUCUAUCUGGAGGGUUUCGUUCAGGGUUUUGGUGUGCUGUGGAGAGGUGGUGUAAGCGGUGGUGUGGAUUUAAAAACACGCAGCCUAGACUAAAGCAAAUAGGCAAAUGAUGUCCAUCAGAUGAAAAAGCAAAAAGGAUUCUUUACGACGUCUUUCUCGUGACUCCACAGCUGCAGUGAAUCCUCACUCUUCGUACAGGUUCUUCCAAUUCCACAAUCAACAGGUUGGGGAAGUGACAUCCCCCAACACCGACCUGUGUUGCUGGGAUUUGUAGUCUUUACUUCCCGGGCUAAGAAAGAUGUUUGGUCGUGUCUGAAUGUACUGACAACAAACAAAAAGGUUCUUAUCGCUGCUCUUGAGUGACCUUCUUCUUUUUCUCUUCCAGGCUACAUUCAGGAUUACAUCCUACCCUCGGUGUUGUCAAGCACAAAGGAGUCACGUCAUGGGCAAACCAGACUUUCCGAAAGGCCCCUGUACUCCCCAGGUGGCAGUGCUGGAGAGGAGUUCUCCGACCAUGACAUGGAGCAUCCAGACAGCCCCAUCUCCAGCAGCACAGCCGAGUCAGACGCCUGCAGCCCGAAGCCCGAGUCCUGCAGCAUCAAUGCCUUCCUGGUGUCAGAUGGACGCUCCCACCGACGGCCCAGCAAGAAGCGUCACUGGAAAGGAGACAGCCAGUCAGACAACAGCGAGGACGUGGAGUUGACAGACUUUAGCCUACACAAAGGGAAAUCCAAAGGGCGCCACGUCUGCAGUGAGUGCGGCAAGUCCUACGCCACGUCCUCCAAUCUGAGCAGACACAAGCAGACCCACCGCAGCCUGGACAGCCAGCAGGCUCGGAAGUGCCCCACCUGCCACAAAGUGUAUGUGUCCAUGCCGGCGCUGGCCAUGCACAUGCUGACCCACGACCUGAAGCACGAGUGCAACGUGUGUGGGAAGGCCUUCAGCCGGCCCUGGCUCUUGCAGGGCCACAUGAGGUCCCACACUGGGGAAAAACCGUUCGCCUGCGCCCACUGCGGCAAAGCAUUCGCUGACCGCUCGAACCUGCGCGCCCACAUGCAGACACACUCAGCCUUCAAGACCUACUUGUGCAAAGGCUGCAACAAAAGCUUUGCACUCAAGUCCUACCUGAACAAGCACUACGAGUCAGCCUGCUUCAAAGGGCACCCAGCAGAGGAGGACUACAGCUCUGAGGACUGAGGUCCAGCAGAGGAGGACUACAGCUCUGAGGACUGAGGCCCAGCAGAGGAGGACUGCAGCUCUGAGGACUGAGGUCCAGCAGAGGAGGACUACAGCUCUGAUGGACAAAACCUUUUACAAUUUUCCUGACAACUUUGAAAAAGUUCAUUCAUCACAGUCAGAGAAAUACGUAACACCUCCUCUUCUUCUUUUUCUUUAUCUUCUUCAUCUUCAAUUUCUUCUUUCCUUCCUCUUCUUCUUUUCUUUAAAUUCCUCCUCCUUCUCCUCCUCUUCUUCUUCUUCUUCUUCUUCACUUCCUCUAUUUUCCUUUUUCUUCUUCAGCCCAAUCCCAAACCGACCCCCACACACUCGCCCUUCACUAUCGAGUGUCACUCGUCAUGAAGUUACACUCGCAGCUGUGGAGUGCGCCUCAAUUGAAAUGGGAGGACAUAAACAAGACGGGCGGGUAUGGGACGCCCUCCUCACUCCACCGAAAAAUGGAAAGAUUCAUUGCCAUAGCAACAGGAAGACGCAUCCUGUGCAAGGCAGCAUUUAUUUUCUUUUGCGUUUCUUCAUCCUCCAACUAAAGUAAUAACUCCAGUAACCAUGACAGUGACAGGAGCUAAAUUAUACUUCUGAUUGUUAGUGAUUCCACACGUCUUUGAACCCCUUCACUAUUUGACGUGUGGCGGCACAAUCAAAACAAACGUCAGCACAGAGUACGAUUUCAGAGUUUCAUUUGAUCUUUUCCAAACCACGUCUUUUGUGAUUUUUUUUGUCAGUAAGACAAAGGUGGACACAUGCGGACCUUAUAUCGGUAUGUUGUUUCCUACUCCUCCAUUUUUGCCGGUGCACGACCUGCAAAUCCCGUCGUGAGUGAGCAUCGGUGCAGACUCGCUAUUGAAGGGCUGAACAGUCCAAUCGACCUCGGCACUCUGUGGGACGGCCUUCAAUAUGACCGAGGGAACACGCAAACGGAGGGAGAGUGUAUAGGGCGAGUGUGUAGGGGGUGGUUUGGGAUUGGGCCUUCUUCUUCUUCUUCUUCUUCUUCUUCUUCUUCUUCUUCUUCUUCUUCUUCAUUUCCUCUGUUUUCCUUCUUCUUCUACUUCUUCUUUGGCCCAAUCUCAAUCAAUUGAAGGGUCCACUCUCACUACAUGUUUGGGACAACCCUUACCACAGCAGAGCCUCCACUACAACGCGCAAACAGGGGGCAGGUGUGUAGAGCAAGUGUGUAGGGGGCGGAUUGGGCCAGCUUCUACUUCUGCUUCCUUUCCUCCUCCUCCUCUUCUUCCUUCUUCUUCUUCUUCUUCUUCUUUCUCUCCCUCUGCUCCUCUUCUUCCUUUUCCUUCUUCUUCUUUUCCUCUUCCCCUUUUUCUUUAACUUCCUCUUCUUCCUCUUCUCCUUCAUCUUCUCUUCCUUCUCUUCUUCUUCCUUUUCUUUCUCUCAGGCUUUACACCUGCAUACAUCAUAACUCUGCCUUUCGAUAGGAAAAACACCUCUCUUUAACUUAUUCAGGAAUUAUGUAUGAAUAAGGGCUCAGUCUGUGAAAUAUUUUAUAUUCUUUUUUAUAAAUUGAAUUGCAAUAAUGAAUAUGCCAGUGUUAUUUUUGAAGCCAACUAGCUCUUAAUUUACCUCAAAUCUUUUUCUUAUUUGUCAAAUGAUGCAUUUGUAUAUUUAUUAACUUAUUUAACUAUUUAUUUGCCAAUUUGUAAGAUUAUUUAUUCAUUAUUGGUUGAUGUAUUUGUGAAUUUGACAUGGAUCUAUGAGAAGCCAUUUAUUGUAUUGGUAAAAACAAAAGCCCAAAUACUGACUCGUAUAUUUCUCUGUCUGAUCAAAUUUUGGUAAUGACAAUAAAACCGAUACACAAAACAACAA